ACGUCAAAAUGGCUUCCCAGUAGAAAAAUUUAGAAUUUUGACUGAAAAUAUCAUGUAUAUUUAUUGAUUUCGCCUGAAUAUUUGCCAUUUUGAUCAUGGUAUAAAGAAUUUUUAGCUCUCUCUAUCAGUUGCAAUUUAAAGUCAAGGUCAAGAUGAAGCUGACACCAAUAGAGAACCUGAAGAGUUUUGCAACCAAUCGUCCUCCUCUCAUGAUCUUCAUGAUCUGCAUGAGUGCUUUUGCCAUCAUAUUGGUAUCGCUAGCAUAUAUAAUAAAAGUAAAUGAAAUCAAGAAUCAUGACUUGUCACAGGAUUGGAACGUUUUCCUAGAAAGCUUUUCUGAACUCCAGUUCUGUGUCACUGGCAAUGCAACAGAUCCAAACAGUCCACCACAGGUCACAGAAAAAACUCCAGAGAAGGUUGAUGUCGUCAUAAAAGGUGCAGCUGAUAAACAUGCGAAUAAGCAGCUAGUCGUCCAGAACAAACCUGCCAAUGCUAAUGCUACCGAAGAAAAUCGAACUUCUGAUAUUAUCUUUGAAAAUACCAGGAAUUACUCUGUGUCGCUACUUAUAACGAUACAUCCUUCAUCAGACUUUCUUCGCAUUCCUCACAAUGUGACACAUUUAUAUGGAACAGUCACUGGAGAUCAAUUAGGUCUUCGUGGUGCAGCCUUGAAUCAAGAAGUGAACAUCACGUUCGCCUUGCCAUUCGACUGGAACUCUACCAAAUGUGAUAAAGAGGGGAAAUGUGAUCCUGUUCAAAUUUACACAUGCGUGAACUUUCAAGCUGCACCGUCAGUUUUUCCUGUCACCAGGAAACCUCUUGGUUGCUAUGGUGUGAAUGAGACGGGGGUUGAAUACCAUGCCCAUCUCGAGGCCCACAAAGACCUGUCCUUCUUCAACUACUACAGAUGUAAAUCGCAAACAAAGAUACGAGUACACUAUGAUUUGAAUCCAACACUCACUGUUAUGCUUUCUUUGCAUGAUCGCUCGUUGAUCAACCUCCAUCUCAUGCAUACGAGUUACUUCCUAUUUGUGAUGGUGGUGACAAUGUUCUGCUAUGCCCUCCUGAAGGGAAGACCAUCCAAACCAAAGUACCAAUUAGUGCCCAGAGAGGAUGAAGAGCAUUCGUCUACUGCAUUAUAGGUGCGAGAAUAGGGCAUAUGAUGACUGUGAUAGGAUCAGCAAUCUCUGCUAAGGGGAGCCAUGUGAGGAGCCAUGUGCUGUGGAGUUGGAAAAGGAUGUGGGUUGACUGUGUGAGAAUCUUGUACUGAGGAGUCCAGAGGACUUCGAUGAAAUGGUGACUGUGUGAUAUCUUGAAUGGAACUGGAUUUAUGUGGUACCACAACCAGGGUGUGGUACACGGAGGACUGAAAAUAUGUGGUGUGAUGUUGUACGGCCAUCAGCCCUCACAAAUCAGGAUUUUUUUUAGUUUAUAUGGAAAUGUACUUUAUUUGAAGAAUGUGGCCUAAUAACUUAGCAUGGCCUGUACUCAAAGCAUUUGAUGUCAAGGAAGAAUUUUUUGCAGGAUUAUCGGUGUUUGUCCACUUAGAGUACAAGUACAAGGUAUUUGUUAUCAAUUUGAUACAAUUUGACAAAUUCAAGUAACAAAGUUGGCUUGCGGUGCAGGGAAGAACUACUUGUGUGUGCCAUUGUUGAGUUAUGCUAGGGGUCAAAAUUCCUCUUGGUCUGUAUCAAUUUACCGUAAUUCUUUUCUGUUUGUCUCAUAGUAUCUAACUAAUAUCCGAUCUUUAUGUCCUUGUAGGUUAUGGGUCAUUCUUUAAAAUAUUUUGGCAUUAGUUUGUCAUUAUUUUGUGCAUUCAUUAUUGAAGAAGGAGGACUUUAUUAACUGAAAUGCUGGUGGUGCUUGCAUUUAGUAGGGUUAAGGGUGAAAAUAAUUAUAAGUUUCAGAGGUAAAGUGUUGGUAUUUAAUGAGUUAUGAGUUGCUUUGUAUCAAGCAGUCCUUUUUUCAAAGUUUAUUAAUCACAGUGUGUGCAGUGUGAUAUAAAUGUUAAUUUGAGGCUGUUCAUAUCGUGAUUUGUACUAGUUUUUGCCUCGUCACACAUAAAUUAGCUAUAUGCAGAUGAAUUAGGACAGGUUUACAAAAUAAAUGUUUGGUCAUCGCGAUGACCAGCUACAGAUGUAUUUGUGUGUGGUAGCCAGAUCACAUUUGCUCAUUUAAUAGUUAAAUCAGCACAAAGAUUGUGUUGAGUUGCGUAUACUGGUGGUUAUGGUUCAAUUUUCAUAAUCCUUGAAAAUGAGUGCCCAAUUUGUUAUGGAUCUUAGCAAUUUAGGGAUGGGAUUUUUGCGAAUAAUUUAACUGGCAUUUGAGUCUCAUCUGUGUUGUUGUAGCAAUUAAAACUGGCAGUGACUAAUUGUCUGGAAAAUAAAUUGUAAAUAUGAUGUGUACA